AUGCUCCUGGACGCCGGCCCCCAGUACCCCGCGAUCGGCGUGACCACCUUUGGCGCGUCCCGCCACCACUCGGCGGGCGACGUGGCCGAGCGCGACGUGGGCCUGGGCAUCAACCCGUUCGCCGACGGCAUGGGUGCCUUCAAGCUCAACCCCAGCUCGCACGAGCUGGCCUCCGCGGGCCAGACGGCCUUCACGUCUCAGGCUCCCGGCUACGCGGCUGCGGCGGCCCUGGGACAUCACCACCAUCCGGGCCACGUCGGCUCCUAUUCGAGCGCAGCCUUCAACUCCACACGGGACUUUCUGUUCCGCAACCGGGGCUUUGGCGACGCGGCGGCUGCAGCCAGCGCGCAACACAGUCUGUUCGCUGCUUCAGCCGGGGGCUUCGGGGGCCCACACGGCCACACGGACGCCGCGGGCCACCUCCUCUUCCCCGGCCUUCACGAGCAGGCGGCGGGCCAUGCAUCGCCCAACGUGGUCAACGGGCAGAUGAGGCUUGGCUUCUCGGGGGACAUGUACCCGCGGCCCGAGCAGUAUGGCCAGGUGACCAGUCCGCGUUCAGAGCACUAUGCCGCGCCGCAGCUGCACGGCUACGGGCCCAUGAACGUGAACAUGGCCGCGCAUCACGGCGCCGGCGCCUUCUUCCGCUAUAUGCGCCAGCCCAUCAAACAGGAGCUCAUCUGCAAGUGGAUUGAGCCCGAGCAGCUGGCCAACCCCAAAAAGUCGUGCAACAAAACUUUCAGCACCAUGCACGAGCUGGUCACGCACGUCACAGUGGAGCACGUCGGCGGACCCGAGCAGAGUAACCACAUCUGCUUCUGGGAGGAGUGUCCGCGCGAGGGCAAGCCCUUCAAAGCCAAAUACAAACUGGUCAACCACAUCCGCGUGCACACGGGCGAGAAGCCCUUCCCCUGCCCCUUCCCUGGCUGCGGCAAGGUCUUCGCCCGUUCUGAGAACUUAAAGAUCCACAAAAGGACGCACACAGGGGAGAAGCCCUUCAAGUGCGAGUUCGAGGGCUGCGACCGACGCUUCGCCAAUAGCAGCGAUCGCAAGAAGCACAUGCACGUGCACACGAGUGACAAGCCCUAUCUUUGCAAGAUGUGCGACAAAUCCUACACGCACCCCAGCUCGUUGCGCAAACACAUGAAGGUCCACGAAUCCUCCUCGCAGGGCUCGCAACCUUCGCCGGCCGCCAGCUCGGGCUAUGAGUCCUCCACGCCGCCCACCAUCGUGUCUCCCUCCACAGACAACCCGACCACCAGCUCCCUGUCGCCCUCCUCCUCCGCGGUCCACCACACAGCCGGCCACAGCGCGCUCUCUUCCAAUUUUAACGAAUGGUACGUUUAA